AUGGCAUACUCCAAAGUUUCUCUCCUCGUGCUCCUCGUAGUCGCCGCUUGCGUCCUCAGCGUUUCUGGACAGAGUGAGCCGUACCUAGUCACCAAGGCCCGUCUGACCCGCGCAGCGGCCGUCAGCGCCACCAACGACUUUAACAAAGCCAACGCGCUCGUUGCGCAGCGCGCUCAGGAGCUUAACGAUGCGGAUAAAGCCCUCGCAGACGCCGCUGCCGCAUACAACGACGCGCUACCGCUUGUGAACCGCCUCAAGGCGACCCUCGCGCAGAAACUAGCAGCCAAGGACAAAACCGCCUCCGUGAUUCCCGGCCUGCAGGGCAACCUCGAUGCCGCAAAUGCAGCCCUUGCCAAGGCCAACGCCUCAACGGGAACCGACACGGUCGAUCUUGCAUCCGUGAAGCAACGUGCAGACAUGACGGCGCAGCAGGUUGACCAUCAGAAGGAAGCUCUCGUGAGCAUUAACGCGGCCGUCGCGAAGGCGACUCAGGGCACCGCUAACCCUAACAUGACGGCUGCGGAGGCCAAUGCUGCUCAGUCUGCGCUCGCCGAUAAGACGGCCAUGCAGACGCUCGCGAAGCAGAUUUUGGACGACAUGGUCUCACAGGCGAAGAGCGCGCAGCAGGCGCUGGCGAAGGCCCAGAACGCGGCGAGCGACCCCGCGACUUUGGCGGCGUGCCAAUCGGCGGUCGAAGCGGCACAGGCGGCGCUGGACGCGGCGGUGAAGGCGGACAACGACACGGCGGCGGCGGUGGCGCAGGCGACGAGCGACGUGAACGACGCUUUGGCGUCGGUUCCGGCGAAAUCUGCGGCGGUGAAUAGCGCGAAGAUCGGGCAGAGCAAGGCUGUGGCGGCGAAGGCGAGCGCGGACAAUAAUGUUGCGGCGAUGAAGACCAGGAUGGACGCUGCUGUGGCUGUUGCUGAAUCUGCUGAGUCUGCUGCGAAGACUGCCGGUUAUAACUGGACGUGGUAA